CCAGAAGUACACGCGUUUUUAACGCGUUUCCUCCUCAGAAAUGCUCGUUUUGACCCUCCCCCCAAAUCUUGCGCGAACAAUGGCCUCGAAGGCAUCGGAACGUGGCGGAAGCCCGUCACACGCCGCACGGCGUGACCUUGACGUAAACGGGAGAACGAACAAUGGGAUCGCUUAACCCGAUCACCAACCUCCCUCCUCCUGACCUCGACGCGGCGCGUUCGAAAGCGAAGUGCCUCGUCUUCUUCUUCCUCGUCCUUUCUUUCCUCCUCUCCUCUUCCCUCCUACGGUGCAGCAGAGCUGCACUCACCUACACCUCUACACGAGCAUCACACACUUCGCUGGAGAACCUUUCUAUGCAGACCUUCUUUCAGCAGACGCGUCUGUCAUCGUCGCCGACCUCAGGGUGGGCAAUUCCGUCGCUUUGGUCAGGUGCGCUGUGUGGAGAGGAGGUGGUCAGAAGAGGGACACUGUGUACUGACGCGCUGGCAGCCGAGCGACUCUACUCCCUCUCCUCGACCACCUUGUCGAGCCUCUUCGCGAAACAACCUGCGCAGGCAGAGCCCGUGCGGCAGCUAGCAAAGUUGUCGCAUUCUAAUCGAACCUUCACCCCUAACCGCCGAACCUCCACCCCGAACCGCCGAACCUUCACCCCGAACCCCCAAACACCCUCCUUUACCCCCGUCAGCGGGGGCCCGACCUCAAGCAUGCCCGUUCUGCGAGCUCAGUCGCAGGAUGCGCAGCAGAUACCCAACCUCUCUUCCUCCUCAUCGCCCGCCUCGAACAGCUCCCCACCGAACUCGAACAAGAAGCGUCCCAUCGGGCUCGGCUUAGGCCUCCCGUCGACCUUCCGCCAGUCCUCACGGGCCCCUUCCGGCGCGACCUCGCGUGCAUCGUCCAGCGCUGCUUCGCGUGCGUCAUCCGGCGCUACUUCGCGUGCACCGUUAAGCGCUGCUUCGCAUGCAUCGUCUAGCGCCGCGGAGUCCGAGGUCUCCGCGCCUGCUGCACCCGCGCCUGCCCCGCGCACGAAGAAGAGCAUCGCAGGGCUUGGGCUCGGGCUCCCCUCCUUGGCCCAGGCCAAGGCCGCCGCACGCGGGUCCUCUGGUGCAUGUGGGUCCUCAGGUGCAUGUGGGUCCGCCAGCGCCAGCACCUCCACCUCCUCCUCAGAGAUGGCUGGCUCGAUGGCGCGCUCGACACGCUCUGCAAGCCCGUCCCACCGCUCCCUGUCCCCCACCUCGCGCGCCCUCGCCUCCGUCGCCGCGAGCCUCCCGUCCGUCGCCGCGCACCUCCCCACGGCCAGCCCGCGCACGGACGUCUCGCGCCCGCGGACGGUGAGCCCGCUCACCUUCCUGCGGCCGACGCGCUUCCCGAAGCGCCCGCUGUACGCGAUCCCGGAGGAGGGGGAAAAGAGAUGGGGGGCGAGGGUGUCGUCCGCGGGGUCGACGGCGUCCCGUGUACCUUCGGAUGCGUCGAGCGUGCUGUCGGCGGGCUCGCCUAGGUCAUCGGUAGAGUUGCGCGUUCCCUCCACCGGAUCUCGUGUACCCUCGCCCGAACCUCGUGUACCCUCACCUGGACCUCGUAUGCCCUCAUCCGGCCUUCGCGCCCCGUCAGUCGGCCUCCGCGCGCCCUCCUCAGGCCACCGCGUCCCCUCGAUCGCGCUCCCGCGUCAGUCGCGGCGAGUGCUGUCUUCGCCGCGCUCUCAGUGCGCGCCGCCUCAGACGCGUUCCCAGUACGCACCGCCUCCGACGCGUUCCCAGUACGCGCUGCCUCCGACGCGUUCCCAGUACGCGCCGUCGUUCGCCUCCUCGUUCGACGCUGCCAAGGCAUCGUCGAAUUGCUUGCUUUUCUGAGCACCCUUCGACCCUACCGAUGGUAGUGGUCUGCUCGUCAUCUAAUACUAAUCGCUACCCCGUACGCAACCUUUCCUUCCGCUAAUCUCGUUCUCCUGCUUG